CACUUAAUCUGAGCGUUGCCAACAGGAGUUAAUUUAACAAGACUGAUUAAUUGGCAGUCUCAGGGACCAAAGGGAUAAGCGUUGCAGUGCCUUGCAGCUUCUCACCCCAUCCCUGGAGGGGUUCCAGGCCAGGUUGGAUGGGGCUUGGAGCCUCCUGAUCCAGUGGGAGAUGUCCCUGACCAUGGCAGGGGUGGGACUGGAUGGGCUUUGAGGUCCCUUCCAACCCAAACCAUUCCAUGAUUCUUGCGUUGACGCUGUGGAGUGGCACAGGCUCAGGACCCUGCUUCGUGCCAUGCAUGGAACACAGCCCCGCACUGGCACUUCUGCAUGCAAAAUCAACUCAGGGCUUUGUGGUUUUGGGCCCCUCAGUACAAGAAGGAUGUUGAGGGGUUGGAGUGCAUCUGGAGAAGGGGAAUGGAGCUGAGAAGCGUCUGGAGCCCAGGGGUUCUGGGAGCAGUGAGGGCCCUGGGGCUGUUUAGUCUGCAGAGAAGGAGGCUGAGGGGGGACCUCAUCGCUCUCCACAGCUCCCAGAAAGGAGGCUGGAGCCAGGCAGGGAUCAGGCUCAGCUCCCACAGAGCAAGGGAUGGGGCAAGAAGAAAUGGCUUGAAGUUGUGCCAGGGGAGGUUUAGAUUGGAUAUUGGGAACAACGUCUUUACUGACAGAAUGGUAAAGCUUCUGCAGGGCACUGGGAGAGUCCCCAUCCCUGGAGGGGGUCACAAACCGUCUGGCCUUGGCACUUGGGGACAGGGUUCAGUCCCACAGUGGAGCUGGGCUCACGCUUGGACUAGAUGAGCUUGGAGGGCUUUUCCAGCCUCAGUGAUUCCGUGAUUCUAUGGUUGUAGGGAUUUGCCUGCAGGGACCCUGUGGGAUGUGGUUUUCUGCCUGCUCUUCUCUCCCUAGACUAGGGUUGAGCACGCAGCUCUGGCACAGGAUUGUGGGUGCACAGGGAAGCCCCGAGUGUGGGGAGAAUGAGCUGCUCUUACCCAUGCGUGCAGGCAGCCUUUGGCUCUCAGCACUCUGGUGUCCUGCUCUCGGCAUCACCCUCACAGCAGGGUGCCUGUGUGGGGUCCAGAAAGGCAUGGGGACGAUGACGUCCUCAGGAGCCCCCAGCAGCGGCUCUGGCAGGGAGUGGGGCAGCUUGCGUGCUCUGGGUACUGUGGUGCCACCCUGGUCUGUGCUAAAGGCUUUUGUCUCUGUCCCACACAGCAAAUCCGUGCAGAAGAAAGUCGACGCCAUCCUGCAAGAUGUGCAGAAGUUCUCCGACAGCGAAAAACUCUACCUCUACCUCCAACUGCCGUCAGGGCCAAGCCUUGGGGAGAAGAGCAGUAGCCUGGACCUCAGCUCACUGAGCACAGCCGAGUACAUGCAUGCGUGCAACUGGAUCCGGAACCACCUGGAGGAGCACACAGACACCUGCCUGCCCAAGCAGGACGUCUACGAUGCCUACAAGCGAUACUGCGAUAGCCUCUGCUGCCGCCCUCUGAGCACCGCCAACUUCGGCAAGAUCAUCCGGGAGAUCUUCCCAAACAUCAAAGCCCGGCGGCUGGGAGGCCGAGGACAGUCCAAAUACUGCUACAGUGGGAUCCGGACAAAGACAGUGGUCAGCUUGCCGCCCUUGCCCAGCCUGGACCUCAAAGUGACAGAGACCCAGUCGGAGCUGACAGACCUGGUGCAGUCCUACAGCAGCGAGGUGAUGGAGGCAGCCUGCGCCCUGACUUGCGACUGGGCAGAGAAGAUCCUCAAACGCUCCUUCAACAACAUUGUGGAGGUGGCCCAGUUCCUUAUCCAGCAGCAUAUCAUCAGCUCCCGCUCUGCCCACGCUGACCUGGUCAUGGCCAUGGUGGUUUCAGAGAGCACGGAGAAGCUCCCCCGGGAGAGUCAGUCCCUGAUGACAGCAAAGAAGAGUGGCCUGGAGCCCUCGGAAAGCGGUGACAGGAGCCAGGGGCAGAUGAAGAAGGAUAGUGGCCCCAAGUCUCCUGGGCCACCUCGACCCGAGAAGAAGAAGCCCCUAGAGCCCCCCAGAGUGGCCAGCAGCCCCCAGGUGAAAGCCCUAGUUGCCCGCCUGCCCCUGCUCCUGCCCCGUGUCCCGCAAGCAGAGCGACCCACGGCACCCAGUGCCGCGGCCAUCCGCUCCUCCCCUCCUGUCCUGGCCCCCAAAAUCACAGCCGCUCCUCUUGGGGGUACAGUCAAGGUGGCUUUGCCGCUGCCGGUGGGCACAGCCUCCCCGUCCCUGCCACUGGGGCUGGCCUCAGCGGGCACCGGGCCAGCGGGGCUGCUGAGCCAGCAAGCCGCCGUGCCCGUCCUCAACGUGCUGCUGCCCAGCGUGCGUGUCCCUGCAGCCGAGGGCCCUGCCAACCCCUGGAGCGCAGGGGGUAGCGAGGGGCCUGGGCCCCAGGACUCACAGCGCCCCAAAGCCACCAAGCGUUCUCUGGAGCUGCCCGGCGAUGCCACCCCACAGAAGAGGAGACGUGGGCGGCCAAGGAAGAGGCCGGAGGAAGCUGGUCCAGGCGAGAUGGCAGAGCUUGGCCCCAGGGUGGCUGCGGGCACUGAUGGCGGUGGCUCUCCUGGUGCCACCAGCCCCCUUGGGGACAGCCCAGCCAGGGGCUCCCAACCCACCCAGGUCAGCGUCAUCCAUGAUGGCAGGAGCAGCGCCAAGGUCACCAGCGGCCACGAACCAGCACUGCAGAUAACAGCAGCGCAGCGGAGCUCAGGGGAAGCCGGCUCCCCUCUGAGUGACACCAGGGGUCCCCCGGAGGAUGAGGAGCUGCCCCACAUCCCCCACGAUGGACAGACGCAGGCAGGGACCUGUCCAGGUGCAGCCACCCCGCAGCGCUCGGACACAUCCGCCAAUGUCCCCACGUCCCGGGGGGGCUCACCGAGGUGGGCAGGGCUCUGCUCCCACCCUGGCACUUAGGGGCUGCCCCACACCCCAUAUUAAAACGGAACACUGUCCAUAUGUGCUGUCUGUGUCCUGCAGCGCUGUGGGGG